UCACGGACGAGAACGAAUUGAUGGUCCUCGAGCCUACAGAUCAGCACCAUCCGUACUGUGUAGCGAGCCUAGAUAGUCGAUUUCAAAGAAGCAUUGCCUGUUUAUUGUGGAAGAGAAAAACCGUUGCGAGCUGAUAAGUGUUUGUUUAUUUGUUUUCAGUUAUGAAGUUGCCAAAUAAGCAGCAUCAUUCCUCGGAGAAUGGAGAUGGGUCGGACUUGCCUCCCCCGUUCAGAAAUCCUUUCGUUCACGAGUUACGAUUCACUCCCUUGGAGAAAAUCAGGUUUCUCUCUCUCUCCUCCCCCCUCUCUCUCUUCCCCCCUCUCUCAGAUCGGUGUGAUGACGGUGACAGUGUUCCCAGUGCGGUUGUUCUUUGCCGUGCUCCUCAUGCUGAUGGCCUGGCCCUUUGCCUUCGCUGCCUCUCUGGGACGAUCUGAACUGGCUGUGGAGACAGAGACCUGGUGGAGGAGAAUCUGUGACAUAGCCCUGAAGGUGAUCAUGCGUGCCAUGUGGUUCUGUGGAGGGUUCCAUUGGGUGACGGUGAAAGGGGAACCGGCCCCGCCCUCGCAGGCGCCCAUCCUCACCCUGGCCCCUCACUCGUCUUACUUCGACGCCAUCCCAAUCACCAUGACCAUGGCCUCUAUCGUCAUGAAGACCGAGAGCAAGAACAUCCCUGUCUGGGGCACUCUGAUAAAGUUCAUAAGGCCAGUGUUCGUUUCGCGGUCGGACCAGGAUUCUCGUAAGAAGACGGUCGAGGAGAUCAAACGCAGAGCCCAAGCUGGAGGGGAGUGGCCUCAGAUAAUGAUAUUUCCAGAGGGGACGUGUACCAACCGAUCCUGCCUCAUCACAUUCAAGCCUGGGGCCUUCAUCCCAGCAGUCCCAGUCCAACCAGUAGUCCUACGUUACCCCAACAAACUGGAUACGAUCACAUGGACAUGGCAAGGUCCUGGAGCGUUUGAGAUACUGUGGCUGACACUGUGCCAGUUUCAUAACCCCAUAGAGAUCGAGUACCUGCCUCUCUACACUCCUUCAGAGGAAGAGAAGAACAACCCUGCUCUGUUCGCCAACAACGUCAGACGCAUCAUGGCCAAGGCCCUGGAGCUUCCCAUUACAGACCUGUCGUUUGAUGACUGCCAGCUGAGCCUAGCAAAGGGCCCACUGCGUGUCCCUAGCAACAGCAGCCUACUGCAGUUCAAUAGAUUAGCGCGAAGGCUCGGGCUGAGAGCUGGGACAACAGAUACAGUGUUACAGCAGCAGGCUAGCAAAGCCAGGAAGCUUUGGGGAUACAGACUGGGAUUGGGGGACUUUGCUCAGUACCUCAACCUACCUGUGACGGACAUGCUCACAGAGUUACACAGCCUCUUCAACCAGCAUGGAGAUGGCCAGAUCGACGUCAGGGAGUAUGUGAUAGCCCUGUCUGUGGCGUGUCAACCCUCUAAAGCCAUGGACACCCUCAGGCUUGCCUUUGGUAUGUACGAGGCGAAGGAGGACGGGGCCAUCGUGGAAAAGGAUCUGGCGUCCAUUUUGAGAACGGCGUUGGGAGUAGCAGAGGUCGAUGUCACAGAGUUGUUCUCAGCAAUCGACACACUUGACGCGGGGAAAAUCACACACGAUGACUUCUGUCGGUUCGUGGAGCAGCACCCAGACUUUGCUCAGGAGUACCUCCUCUCCUCCAGGACAACCCCCUCUACCCCCCACACAGCCCCCCUGGUCAACGGGUUCAGUGUGGACCAUUACGACAUAGAGGAGCAGACCUGCAGCCUCCCUGGACAGAAGAGGAAAGAAGACUGAGACUCUCAAAUGGAUCUAUCUACUUCCUAUCACAGAGAGAGGAGGAGAGUGGAGGGAGGAGGAAAAGAUGGAGGGAUAGAAGGGCGAUUGGGAGGCCCUGGGGCUCUAGCAAACAAAUCUAUCUUCUACAGUUACUAUAUCUUCUGUGUCACUGUGGCCCAUAUGUUCUACCAGAGAGAAGGAGAGAGGGAGCGAGGGAUAGGAUAUAUUGAGAUAAGGAGGGGUGGAUAGAGGGAGAGAAGUAAGAAACUAUUAGACGGAUAGAGGAGAUUGAGACUGAAAGGGAGAGAUGGAGGUAGAGAAGGGUUGGGUAUGUUGAAGGAGAGUAGAGGGAGAGAUGAUAGAGAGAUUUGGUUAGUGAGAGGAUAUGAUGGAGGGUGGAGACAAUCUGUUCCUCUGGACACCAUCUCACACCAAUACUCCCAUCUCUGGUUUUGUCUGCUACUGUUUUCAAGGACUUUGUAUGCUGUCUGACUUUCCAACAUGAGUUUUAAAGGAACUGGAGUUCUUAGGAGUUCAUCAAACACUUUGGCUAUUUAUUUUCAAAAGGGUUUUACUUUUCUAUAGGUAUUUAUUUGUCUUUCGUUUUUAUCAAACUAUCUAUGCCCAUUAUGACAAUGAAAUGCACACUCCAGUAAGACUUUUCUUUUUCACGAUUAGUUUUAUCAGGUGAUUAAGCACCAAACUGAGCUCUGAGCUUAAUCACUGCCUUUCAUAACGAGACUGACUGAGAUCAAUUGGAUCGAGCUGAAACUAAGCAUUUCACUGCCUCGUAGACCAUAGCAACUCACAACAAGACAAACUGUUCAAAUGGAUGAAUAUGGGACCAAACAGACUUCUUAUUUAUAAACCAGAGGAUUCUUGCACGUUCACAUUGAGCUCCUUGUUGCCUUUUUAAAUUGUUUUAAACAUGUUAAUGGUUGUUUUAAUGUUGCCUGAGCUUGAGUGAAACAUUCCACAGCUUAAGUGUAUUUAUUUUCAUAAGCAUAAACACUGGGGUCUGAAGAUGAACAUUUGUUUGAUGUUUUCUCUUUUCUUAGUGGAUGAACAGAGAACCAUAGAGUUGGGUUCCAUCUCAAAUGGCACCCUAUUCCCUAUAUAGUGCACAUUUGGCUCUAGUCAAAAGUAGUGCACUAUAUAGGGAAUAUGAUGCCAUUGGGGGACACAUUCAGUUAAAAUAUUCAGAUAUGUUUACCUCUUUUUUUAGUUGCCUUUCUCAUAUCACUCUGGAAUGAAGUUGCCCUUACACAAAGAUCUAAGAUCAGCUCACACUGCUGAAAUCCUAACAUUAACCAUUAGGCAGGGGGCCAUCAUAACAUUAACCAUUAGGCAGGGGGCCAUCCUAACAUUAACCAUUAGGCAGGGGGCCAUCCUAACAUUAACCAUUAGGCAGGGGGCCAUCCUAACAUUAACCAUUAGGCAGGGGGCCAUCAUAACAUUAACCAUUAGGCAGGGGGCCAUCCUAACAUUAACCAUUAGGCAGGGGGCCAUCAUAACAUUAACCAUUAGGCAGGGGGCCAUCCUAACAUUAACCAUUAGGCAGGGGGCCAUCAUAACAUUAACCAUUAGGCAGGGGGCCAUCAUAACAUUAACCAUUAGGCAGGGGGCCAUCAUAACAUUAACCAUUAGGCAGGGGGCCAUCAUAACAUUAACCAUUAGGCAGGGGGCCAUCAUAACAUUAACCAUUAGGCAGGGGGCCAUCAUAACAUUAACCAUUAGGCAGGGGGCCAUCAUAAAAUUAAUCUGGGACUUUAUGAUAAGCCAUCAAUCUGUUCUGGCUUUUUGUACUGGUUGGUUUUGUUUUGGGAAUUCUCUGCAGUUUGACUUUGAAUUGACACCUUUUGUAUGUUGUACGUUUGUGGUAUCUACAUCUUUGAAUGUUUUUGAGUAUUCAUUUUGUAAGAAAGUGAAUUGUAAAUUAUGAAUACCUAUGCAGUGCUCAUCCCUGCCUUUUAUGUUGAAUUAAAUCAUGACAUUUCUACA